GUGAGCGCAUGCAGGCAGAUGUGCAUGCUUGCAGCCCACCACUGGAGUAGGAGGGGACUGGGCGGGCCCCCAACAUUGGGAUGACAAGCCCUACAGCUUCCAAUGCGCCGAUGGCUACAGAUAAGUAAAAAGUGAGCUCCGCGGACGCACGACAACACACCGACCGAAGUGGAAAGCGGCUCCUGUCCUGCUCCGUGGCCCAUUUCGGACGUCGCCUUUUUUUUUUAGAAAAAAAAAAAAAUAAACGGUUUCGGCUCCAGACACCAAACGGGACUGAACCAGAAGCAACGAGGCAGCGUCUAAAAGAUAAUCGCCCCCCUUUUUGGCUUUUCGGGUCUUUUUUUCUUUUUUUUUUUCUUUCCUUUUCUCCCCUCAUCUCUUUAUGCCAGGGAAGUGUUGUCAAAACUUCUGGUAAUCAUAGGUGGAGACUUAUCUUUUUCUUUGACAUCUCGAAGACUGAAUCCAGGCAAACUAAUGACGGCAGAGGUCCAGCAGCCCCCAGCGCAGCCUCCUGCCCAGAGCAGCCCCAUGUCCGCGCCGGAGAAGCCGCACGGACAGACGGUGGUGAUGGAAACCGGCUCUUCCGCCACGAAAGCCAAGAAGACAAACGCGGGGAUCCGGCGACCAGAGAAGCCCCCGUACUCGUACAUAGCGCUGAUAGUCAUGGCCAUCCAGAGCUCUCCCACCAAGCGGCUGACGCUCAGCGAGAUCUACCAGUUCCUCCAGAGCCGCUUCCCGUUCUUCAGGGGCUCCUACCAGGGAUGGAAGAACUCCGUGCGCCACAACUUGUCCCUGAACGAGUGCUUCAUUAAGCUGCCCAAGGGCCUCGGCCGACCGGGGAAGGGCCACUAUUGGACUAUCGACCCGGCCAGCGAGUUCAUGUUCGAGGAGGGCUCCUUCAGAAGGAGACCCAGGGGUUUCAGGCGCAAAUGCCAGGCGCUGAAGCCCAUGUACAGCAUGAUGAACGGUCUGGGAUUCAACCACAUUCCCGAGGCGUACAACUACCAGGGGAGCGGCGGCGGCCUGUCGUGCCCGCCCAACAGCCUGUCCCUGGACAGCGGGAUCGGGAUGAUGAAUGGACACCUGGCAGGUAACAUGGACGGGAUGGGUCUCUCCGGCCACUCCAUGUCGCACUUGUCUACCAACAGUGGACAUUCCUACAUGGGAAGUUGCACGGGGUCCACUGGAAGCGAUUACGCGCACCACGACAAUUCCGCCUCCCCGCUGCUGACCAGCGGGGGAGUCAUGGAGCCUCACCCCGUCUACUCGAGCUCGGCUUCGGCGUGGGCCUCGGCUCCGCCGGCCUCGCUGAACAACGGGGCGUCGUACAUCAAGCAGCAGCCGCUGUCUCCGUGCAACCCGGGGGCCAACAGCCUGCAGCCGAGCUUGCCCACGCACUCGCUGGACCAGUCGUACCUGCACCAGAACGGACACAGCACCACAGACUUACAAGGUAUUCCUCGGUACCAUUCCCAGUCUCCCAGCAUGUGCGACCGAAAGGAGUUCGUGUUCUCCUUCAACGCCAUGACCUCCUCCGCCAUGCACUCGCCGGGAAACAGCUCCUACUACCACCACCAGCAGGUCUCCUACCAGGACAUCAAGCCGUGCGUGAUGUGAUCCCCGGCGGGGUCAGGCCGUAUGGACGGUGUGUGUGUGUGCGUGCGUGCGUGUGUCUGAGUCACUCGGACUGGAGCCAUGCAGGCAGCAGGACAGGAACUGAAAAUAAUAAAAAAAAGAAGUCACCACUGAGAGACUUUGUGAGGAGAGAGAGAGAGAGAUCCCUGCCUCCUGUGGACCGGACUACUUCCCUGUGCUGUUGGAGACCAGACGGCUGAAGCCACACAAUAAUAAAAUGAUGAUGAUAAUAAUAAUAUAUAACGAAACAAACUUUUCCAUACCUUCAAAGUGGCAUAAAAAACAAAACAAGAAAGGAAACUUGCUGUUUGGUACUUCGUCCUGCAGACCGGAUGACUUCUCACUUCUCACAUGUUUAAUCAUUUUGUAAAAUAUGCACACCUUCAUUUUCUCCGUUUAAAGUUUUUUUUUUUUUAUUAUUAUUAUUAUUUCUAAUUCCUAUUGUGUUGACAGAUUAGCUGGAAAAACACGCCCAGCGUUGAAUUCUGAAUAAUUAUGGACAUUACAUAGGCCUAUAUACUGUACGUCCAUACUGUAUACUAUGUAAAAAAAAAAUGGCACUUUUUGAAUAGCCUAUAAGCGCAACUUUUUAUUUAUUCUCUAGGCCUGCUUUUUCAAUUUCAGGCGAAUUGGCCAAGGAGUUCCGUGCUUUACUGGCAAUAUUUGUCAAGAUGUUUGUUAUUGGUUAAAAAAAAAAAAAAGGAAAAUUAAGGACAUGUUGUAAGCACUGUGUCGUUUGUGUCAAAUGUACGUGGACUAUUACUUUCAUCACUUCGUGUAGAUAGGCUAUAAUCAGGAAAAACAGCGAGGGUUCCUCCUAUGUGAGCUGGAUGUUUCAUUUUUUUUAUGAAAAUAAAACCACCCGAAUUCA